UUGUCUAUAAUUUUUUUGAAUCUUAUCAAGCCAAUAAAGUCGUACUAAAAAAAUGUUUUUUACCGAAUUUUUGAGGAGUUCAUCAGGCGCCGCUUGCACCUUUGUUCUAUUUUCAAGCUCAAGAUAUUUUGUCCGCUGUUCAAUUAAAAAACUAACCUGUUAUUGAAGAGACUCUACCAUUAAAAAGUAAUUAGUCACUGCUAGUAUCUAAAGAAGGCGUUGAUUGAUUGCAAUUAUAGUUAUUGAAGCCAAUUUAUUUUAGUGCUUCGGGGUCGUUUGUUCAACAACGACUUAUUUUUUCUAAGCUUAUCUUACAAAAUUUCCAACAUGAAGUUAUUGAUCAUCCUGCUGAUGAAUAUCUACCUUGCAAAGUCUUCGGAGGACCAAGUUCUUAUCCAUGGUCCCAACACUCCGGUCUACAAGUGCAAACUUGUAAACGGACAUGUUAAAGUUGAAACAGUGAGACAAAAAUUCGACAAUAAGGCAGCCAAGUACUCCUACGAUGAAGCGAUCCAUCCAAAAUUGCUGGUGGUGGUGGACUACAAGGACUACAGCAAGGACGGCGAGCAAAAAUCUCUGGACAAUGUAGUAGAAACAAUCGAAAGUAUCAACAUCGAUUACGAAUUUGUAAAUUCUACCCCGUAAGUUGAGGCGUUGCUGGCUGGAGUCGUCUUGAUAACGGUUAGUGUGUCUUCAAACUCGAAAAUUCAACCGGGUUUUUAAUUAAUGCCUCUUAUUCCAGGAACGGGAUGUCUACUUGCCACCAUCGACUUUCGGGGUGAAUAUCAGCCCGAGCGUGUGCCUUCCUUCUAAUUACGGAGGUCGAUGCUUUACCCAUUGGCUCUGUUGGACGCGGUCACCCUGGGAUUAUGCUUCAUCUGAAUCGGAACUCAAGAGGUUCAGCAAUUGGUUCAAGAUUACCGCGGAGCAAUUCGAAGACUCGGACUACGAUGCGUUCAUCUAUUCAUUCCCUGGAUACCUUGCUGGAGGAAAUCCCUGGGAAAGAAAAGCAGUGUGGUCUUUGUCCAGUGGAACAGUGUGUAAGUCAAAGCCUGGAGCGAUUGUCACUAAUCGGUUUGGGUAUUCUUUCUAUGGAUUUUCAAUGGAGCUUGCGUAUUUACUUGGAUUGACUCAUAAUGAAGACAAACUGGACUCUCAUUGGUACACUUAUGAAGAACAUGAUGUUAUUUUUAAAUUGGACAGGAUAAUAGACUGGAAGAAUCAGACUGCUGGUAUUAUUAAAGAUAAUUACCGGCGUGGUAAGUACUCCUGUCUUAAGAAGCCUGUGAAAAAAAACGAUGACUACGAUUACGAAUAAUUGUCAGUAUAAUAAUUUUGGAAAUAAAUUUGAGUAUGUAAUAAAAUUA